GUAUUUUCUCUCUUCUCUGCUUUUUCUGCUUCUUGCCAUCACCAACCUACUGAUGUCAUUGGCAAGAUUUCACCAUAAAACCUCCAUUGUAGACGUAUGUCCACUAUUGCUGAGAUUGGGUGGUGAACAAUAUCAAAUAUCAGCGAGAUCAAGUAUCAGCGAGAUCAAGUAUCAGCGAGAUCAAGUAUCAGCGAUUGGUGUGUGCGACUGAUUAUUAUCACAUUCCACUCCUCACAAGCACACAAAUAGCCAGUGAAUAGAAGGCUCGAGGACCUCAGAGUCAGUCAACAAAUUGUGUAGAAUCGAUGU